AGCCCAUGGGAAGGUGAAGAGGGAGGGAGCUAAGUUAGGGGGUGUUACACCGUGGGAGAAAGAGCAGUCAGUGUCCUGUCAUCCCUCGGACACCCUACACCAGCUGGCACAAGAGAGGGACUCGGAGUCAGAUUGUUGUUGGAUUGCAGCAGACAGUUUUUGACCAGGAUGAACUUUGCUGCACAAUUAUUCUACUCAAGCUACUUGAGUGAGCGACUUGAGCGUUUGUACUCACCUAGACCUGCAAUUAAAGACAACGAGGAGAAUGACCCCUUCUGGCAAAGAGAGGAGCUGCAUCUGGGCCCCAGUCAUUGCGGUGCCGUUCACAAAUGUGGCCCUGUCAGUAAUGGCAACAGGGGCCGCAGACCCACGCUCAUUGAACCAGAACGUCUGAAGGACUUUGGUGAGGAGGAGCUUCUUAACGGCGAUGUGAAGGUCCAUGAAACCAAAGUGAUGGAACGUCCUGAGAUCAUGCUCAUGGAGCCCCAAAAAACCAGGAGAGUCAGUGAGUUCCAGAUUGUCUCCAGACCUCUGCCCCAGUACCUUCACUUUGAGGACAUCAGUGCAGCGGCCUUCAGGAUCCAGUCAGAGAUACAGAAGACACCCUGCACGUACUCCAGACUGUCCAAACAGUACGGGAUGGAAAUUUACCUGAAGAAGGAGCAUUUGCACUACACAGGCUCGGUGAAGGAGAGAGGAGUGCUGUACCUUCUCACCUCCCUUACACAGGAGCAGCAGAGGAAUGGUGUGAUUGUGGCCUCGGACUGCAACUUCUCCAUGGCCGUGGCUCACCAUGCCGUGGAGAUGAAGAUCCCCGUGUUUGUCAUCAUGCCAUCGAGCUGCUCCUCGCCUCGCCUCAGGAUCUACAGAGACUACGGCGCCAUGGUCAUCUCUUACGGCAGCACCAGCCAAGAUUCUCAGACACACGCUCGCCAUCUGGCCAAAGAGAAUGGAUACCUCUAUAUGGAAGAAGAUGAAAGCGCAGCGUACCUGGCAGGACUGGGCACGGUGGGCAUGGAAAUCUAUGAACAAGUGCCCAAACUGGAUGCAGUGAUUGUUCCAGCAGCUGGACAGUACGGUCUACUGGCUGCCACUGCUGCUGCCAUCAAACACUUCAACUCACAAAUUCUUGUCAUAGGGAUUGAACCAGAGGGAUUCCCUCUGCUGUUACAGUCUCUGAAAACAGACAGUCCAGUCAAAGACAUGCACUGCAACCCCAAUAAGAGGCUCUACGGAGAUCUUGUGGCGCGUUCGCUUGGCGUAAACACUUUCCACCUGGCAAAGAAACUAGUAAAUAAAGUCAUCACUGUCAGUGAGGAGGACUCACUGGUGGCGAUGCUGCGGUUUCAGGAGUUUGAACGCUCCACUGUGGACACUGAGGGAGCCAUGGGGCUGGCUGCCAUCUUGGCCGGACAACUGCCAGAGCUGAGAGGAAAAAAGGUCGCUGUCGUGGUGAGCAGCGCCAACAUGGAGCUGGAGAUGGUGAGGCGGUGUGUUGACCGCGCCCUGGUGCUGGACGACCGGGUCAGUAAGUUCUGUGUGCAGCUGGGAGAGUGGCCAGGAGACAUGGCCAAGCUGCUGGACGUCCUGUCCAGGGAGGACGUCAGGUUGCUGGAUGUCUGCCAUCGCAGACACAGUGAUAAAUCAGAUCUCUUUAAAGCAAAGGUGGAGUGUGUGGUGGAAACCAGGGAUAAGGCACAGAGCAUUCAACUGCGCAAGGUACUGAGUGAGCGCUACCCUUCUCUAUGCUGGCUGGACCGGUGAUGGACACCAAAACAAACCGUAUUUAUUAUGAUAGAAACAGACGACACAGCGUACACUCACUUGCAGACGAUCACUAUCAUUAAUGAACUAUGUUAAGUGAAAGUCCUUAGGAAAAUGGCUCUCUCAGCAAACCCAAUAUAUUAUUACAAAGUGGAGAUCAUUAAAGCUGCUAAUGCUUUACUUUAAUCAUGGCACGCUGUGAUUAGAAUAAAGUGGUUAGACUGCAUUCAGAAUAUAGUUGUUAUAGUUCAACCAUCAAUUACUGCAUUGAGACGACAGGCUCGGUCCUGUGGUGGUCUCAUUCUGCACACUAUGUUUAUGAACACAUGUAUAUAUUUCUGUAUUUAUACUGUCGUGUCAACAAGGAAUAAAACUAGACAAACUCUG